UGGCGGUGAUGCCAAGGAAUUGCCCUGAAUGUAAUGCUUGUCCCAAACUUCUCCAAGCUGCUGGAUCAACCCCUCCGAGGCUCCGUGGGCCCUUGGGAUUUGCUAGGAGCAAUACAGCCAGCAGGCGGGCUGGGUGAAGGUCUCAUCCCACCCCUCCCUGUGCCCAGGAGGCCUGGGGAAAAGGCAAGGGGUGCUCCUCAGCCUGCCUGAGCAGCACAAAUAUUGGACAGAGAAAUACUCUUCACGUCCCAGCAGGCUGGGGAGGGAGUGCAGUGCCCUGGGGAGAGAGAACCCGCUCAGGGGUGAGGGAGGGGUCCCUCCUGGGGAGCUGCAGCCAUGGGGACCGAGCUGUCCCAGCGGGAUUGUGCAAACUCCCAGCUCCGGGAGCUGAACUCGCUCCGUAUCUCGGCGCUGCACUUUGCCCCCGGCUGCCGUGACCUCACGCCGGCUCCCCGGGCAGCGUUUAAAGUCCAGGCAGAGCGGUGCCGCUGCCUCCUGCCCAAGCAGCUCAUCCCCGCCGCUGCCCCUCGGCCUGCCCGGCUCGGGCCCGGGCCUGCAGCAUGCGGCUGCUGCUGCGGGCAGCGCUCCUGUGCCUCACCCUGCGCCUGGGGCACGGCUCCGAGGAGGCAGCGCCCGGCAGCCCCGGCCAGCAGGACUCCCAGGCAGUGUCAUCCUACUCCGACUGGGGCAUCGACACCAUCCGGGAUGGCUUUGAGACGGUGAACAGCUACUUCGACUCCUUCUUGGAACUGCUUGGGGGGAAAAACGGAGUCUGUCAGUACCGCUGUCGAUACGGGAAGGCUCCCAUGCCACGGCCUCACUACAAACCCCAAGAACCCAACGGCUGUAGCUCCCAUUUUCUGGGGCUCAAGCUAGACUUGGGCAUCCCUGCCAUGACCAAGUGCUGUAACCAGUUGGACAUUUGUUAUGACACCUGUGGGGCCAACAAGUACCGCUGCGACGCCAAGUUCCGCUGGUGCCUCCACUCCAUCUGCUCCGACCUCAAGCGCAGCCUGGGCUUCGUCUCCAAGGUGCAAGCCUGUGAAUCCAUGGCAGACACGGUGUUCAACGCUGUCUGGACCCUGGGCUGCCGGCCCUUCAUGAACAGCCAGCGGAGCGCCUGCAUUUGCAGCGAGGAGGAGCGCGAUGAGCUGUGAGCAAGAGCAGCCACCCGGUGUCUGUGAGCCGCUGCCAGCACCCCUCUGCAGCACAGUGACUCCUGUCAGCCCCUGGGAUGGGCACCUGGGCUGCUGCCAGUGCCCCUCUGCAGCACAGUGACUCCUGUCAGCCCCUGGGAUGGGCACCUGGGCUGCUGCCAGUGCCCCUCUGCAGCACAGUGCCUCCUGUCAGCCCUCGGGAUGGGCACCUGGGCUGCUGCCAGUGCCCCUCUGCAGCACAGUGACUCCUGUCAGCCCCUGGGAUGGGCACCUGGGCCAAGGCACACAUCCACAGCAGCCCUGGGGCAGGGCAGGGCAGGGCGGAGCCAGCCCAUGGACAGAGGGCAGCCGUGCCUGCUGCCGAUGCAGCUCCACAGCCCCAGCGCCCCUUUCCAAGCCAGUUCUCUCCAAAGCAAGCAGGAUGCAGUGCUGCUUAUAAACAGGGGACUUACCUUAAAUACAUACUAUUGCCUCCCCCCACCCUGUAACUCUCUAAUUUGCAGUGCAAGGCAGUAGGUUUCUGCAAGCCCUGUGAAAUUCCCAGUCCAUGGAUAUGCUAUGUACGUUUUUGCACCGCUGGUGACAGACUGAAGAGGGUGACACCUCCAGUAUCUUAUCCAGAGAAGAAUUCUAACCAG